CUAUCUGCCUUUAAACAUACUCUGAUUAGAUAGUCUCAUCUUAUCAAGCCUUCUAGCUGCCACAGAGCGGAUAUCAGCCCCAGCUCUGGUGGGAUUCACACUCCGAGAACACCAAGCUUGGGUAAACAACAGCAACUACAACUCUCGUUUCGGUAAUGCAGCCGCCGCAGAAGUAAACGCUAAUCUACUAUCCCCAGCCCCUUCCAAACUGUCUUGUGUCUAACCCCACGACUGCCAAGAUGCACUCAGAAGAUGGUGAUGAUCCAGAGCUUCGAGCAGCAAUUGCUGCGUCUCUGGUGGACAUUAGAGAUUCUGCGGUUGAACCGCCAUCCCGGCGCCGUCAACAGGCUGUCGUCGACUUGACCGGUGAAACUGAGUCCGAAUCUGACAACGACGUGGUGCCUCUCUUUCCCAAAUCAAGAUCUGUCAUUGGGUCUGAGACCGACGAUGAGGAAGAUGAGGACAUGAAGCGCGCCAUCGCGCUCUCCUUAAAGGAGUCCAGAGAAGUUCAGGAUCCCUCCUCUGCGUCCCCGCCGACGGUCCGAGAAACCAGCACAGAUCUGACCCUGAACCCCCCUUCGCUGAUCAAUUUGGACGAUGACGAUGACGAUGACGAUGAUACGAAGAGAGCUAUUGCGGCAUCCAUGCUGAGUGUAUCAAGCCAGCCUCCAGGAGCUCUGCAAGCAGCUACAGCGCAGGCCAGCGCUAGCCGGACUUCUGCUUCUACCUCGACAACGACUAUCAGGGAUGAUGCCACUCAAGCUGAACCGGUUAAGCCGAUCGGUAUCUUUGGGCUCGAUCGGAAACAGAUGGAGCAAGAGCGUCUUGCGCGACUUGCGAAACGAAAAGCCGCCGACGACACAUCACUCAACGAGCGUGAAUCCAAAUCCUCGAAGAUUGAACCGACUCCCACCCCUCGCAUUAGCAAGCCCGUUCAGGACAGCGAAAUAGCGAGUGUUACUAGCGCCAGCCCCAGUGCGUUGACAUCCUCACCUCUGCAAUAUCCAGAAGGAGUGGUCAAGAAGACAUGGGCGUCUGGCUUUCCGCGACAGGGCGACGAUAUCAAGAUCGAAGAGGUGUUGCAAAAGGCCGAUCUAGAAUUAGCAGUAUUGAGCUCGUUCAUGUGGGAUCUGGAUUGGCUAUUCUCCAAGACUGACACAAGAAGCACCCGCUUUCUCCUGAUGAUGCAAGCCAAGGACGAUGCGACGAAACGCCAGUAUGAAUCAGAGGCAGCAGCCUUGCGCAAUGUGCGACUUUGCUUUCCUCCGAUGGAUGGUCAGGUGAACUGCAUGCAUUCGAAGUUGAUGCUGCUUUUCCAUCCUACAUAUGUUCGGAUCGCAGUGCCCACCGCCAACCUGACCAACUAUGACUGGGGCGAGAUGAACGGGGUCAUGGAAAAUAGCGUCUUCCUGAUCGACCUGCCGAAAAUCGACGUGAAGAAGCAGGAGUGUCCUGCGACGGCAUUCCAUGAAGAUCUGGUAUACUUUCUCAAAGCCUGCACUUUACAUGAAAACAUCAUCGCGAAGCUGAAGAGCUUUGACUUUGCGAAGACUGCCAAAUAUGCAUUUGUCCAUACAAUCGGGGGUGCACAUACAGGAACUGCAUGGGAGCGCACGGGCUACUGUGGUCUUGGGCGUGCAGUAGAACGCAUGGGUUUACGCACGUCUCACCCAUUGAACAUCGACUUUGUCACAUCCUCCCUUGGAUCUCUCACGGACGACUUCCUCAGAUCCAUAUACCUCGCCUCCCAGGGAGACACCGGAAUAACCGACCUAACCCUCCGCACGUCCAAAACCUCCCCGGCAAAACACCUCACCGACCCCACCACCCUCAUCCCCCACAGCACAACCUCAGAAUGGAAAGACGACCGGUUCCGCGUCUACUUCCCCUCGCAAGCCACCGUCGCCGCCUCCAAGGGCGGGCCCAAUUGCGCGGGCACGGUCUGCUUCCAGUCAAGAUGGUACGAAGGCGCCAAGUUCCCGCGUCACGUUCUCCGCGACUGCGAGAGCCAACGCCGCGGAAUGUUGAUGCAUAAUAAGAUUCUUUACGUCCGCCCCGAUGAGCCCAUCCCGCUCGCACCGCAGGACAAGAAUAAAUCAUGUAGAGCGUGGGCGUAUGUCGGAAGUGCAAAUCUGUCGGAAAGUGCAUGGGGCCGCCUCGUGCUAGACCGCACCACCAAACAGCCUAAGCUCAACUGUCGCAAUUGGGAGUGUGGGGUCGUGGUCCCCGUUUUUGAGAAUCGUAAUGAGUCAGGUGCUGUUGACAGCACCAGCACCAGCACCGCCAGCAGUGCUUCCUCCUCGCAGACACAAACACAGAACGACGACGGGACAGGCGGCGGCUUGGUUGGCUUGUUUGCGGGGACAGUGCCCGUGCCGAUGCGUGUGCCGGGGCAAUACUACGAAGGCGGCAGAAAGCCGUGGUUCUUUUCGGAAGGUUGAUAUGCAUAGCUUAAGGUAUGCAGCCGGUGGUAGGCAGUGGUGCUUCGAUUGGAGAAUUUGAGCUAUGGCCCCUCUCCAGAGAAAGAAAGAUUCGCUUCAGCACUUGUCUAGCUUAUGAUAUUACGAAACUUCCGGGGUUUUCAGCAAGACAUGACGAAUGAGC